AAGUCAGGUGCGCAAGUCUCUCCAUGGUCAGCCCCGCCCAGGCCCCACCUCUGGCAGCCCUGACCACGCCCAUCAGCCCCCCUCGCCCUCGUUGCCAUGGUGAUCGCCGCUGUGGGGUGGCGUCCCAGUCUCCCGCGAGGCUCUGGUUGCUAUGGUGAUCGCGGCGCAGGGCGCUGGCGGGACUCUUUCCGCUGUGAGCCCCGCCCCGAGCGUCCAGGAUUCGUCGGAAGCAGGCGGGGCCCACGGGGUGCUCGUUGCCAUGGUGAUCGCGGCCUCCCGACCCUCCGGGACUAGGCAGCGCCAGGAGCUGUGUCAGCGGCCGCAGGAUUCCUGGAAGGAUGAGGUCCUCCCUGACACCUUUGGGGCCCUCUGUGAGCCGGGACCGCGUCAUCAGCAGCUUUCCUAAGUGGUACACGCCCGCUGCCUGCCUGCAGCUCCGGGAGCACUUCCACGGGCAGGUCAGCGAUGCCUGCCAGCGCGGGAACACGGGGACCGUAGGGCUCAGACUCUCCAAGGUGGUGGUGGUCGGCGAUCUCUACGUGGGCAAGACCAGCCUCAUCCACAGGUUCUGCAAGAAUGUCUUCGACCAUGACUACAAGGCCACCAUCGGGGUGGACUUCGAGAUCGAGCGGUUUGAGGUUGCUGGAACCCCCUUCAGCCUUCAGAUCUGGGACACAGCAGGGCAGGAGAAGUUCAAGUGCAUCGCAUCUGCCUACUACCGGGGUGCCCAGGUGAUCAUCACGGCCUUUGACCUCACCGACGUGCAGACCCUGGAGCACAGCAGGCAAUGGCUGGAGGACGCGCUGAGGGAGAACGAGCCGGGCGCCUGCUUCCUGUUCCUUGUGGGGACCAAGAAGGACCUGCUGUCAGGGGCCGCGUGCGAGCAGGCGGAGGCGGAGGCCGUGCGCCUGGCCAACGAGAUGCAGGCUGAGUACUGGUCCGUGUCGGCCAAGACCGGGGAGAACGUGAAGGCGUUUUUCAGCCGCGUGGCAGCCCUGGCCUUCGAGCGCUCGGUACUGAAGGACUUGGAGCUGAGGAGCAGCGCCCCGCUGCAGGUCGGCGGCGGGGACCUCAUCCGGAUGGAGGGAUGUCCACCCGAGACCCCGAACAACAGGAGGUCCUCCAGCCUGAGUUGCUGUUAGCCAGGCCUGCGACAGAGGCCUCCCCACCCUCCACGAGGCGUGCUGGUGCUGCGUCCGGGACACAGAGGGGGACGCGGGGCGCCCACCGCGCUGAGCCCCAGGGCCCCCCCCCCGUCUCCUCCUCUCCAUAGCGGGGCGGGAGCCAGAGGAGGCCCCCACUGCCGCCCAGGGGCCCGUGCUGGAAGGCCAGUUGCACCUACAGAGUUGCCUGUCAGCCCCAGCCACAGAGGCUCAGGACUUCAGGCACAGCACCUGUCUCCCGGGUCCCAGACCCCGGGCACAGUUGGGGCUCCCCAGGCCCCUCCCCAGCCUUCCUGGGUUGGCCUCGGAGUCCCCCUCAUCUCAGGGGCCGAGGCGGGUCAGCGGAAGCCCAGGGAAAGCCGGGUUUCUCUCCCAGCCCUGACUCUUCUGUGAGCAGGGCUGGGCCUCGCCGUCCACCGUCCCUUCGCCGUGGACUUGUGGGUCCCCUCUCUGGCCACCGAGGGGCCACCUCUGGCUCCACCAUGACCCGUGACAUCCUGCCCCCUGGGUCAGGGGCCGAGGAUGGGCAGAACGGGCCACACACACCCCUGCCCACCCCCGGCCCCUCUCUCCCACUUGCCUGGGGACGAGGUGCUGCACGCAGGUCUCUGGGGACCCCCGUGAUAGCCCCGCAUGUCUGCAGCACACUGGAGUUUCUCCAGCACCUGCAGGCAGGUGCCCCGUCUCCACAGCCCUCCUGACUCCCAGAACAGGCGCCCUGGCCUCCCUGCCCCAGCUCCCGCCCAGAGUGCCCGGCCCCCUCCAGGCUGCUGUGGGGCUCCUCCACAGGGCCUACUGAGCCCCCACCCCACGGCCACGGGCGGGCGCACGUCUGGCCUCCGUCCUCAGGGACUGCAGGCGUUUCUCUGGCAGCCGGUGGGUAGUGGCUGGGGGAUACCGCGUCUUCUGUUUGCUCCGCCUUCCCCACGUCUUCAGCUCUCCUUUUCGUAGAAAGAGGGUACUCCUUUGCAUAAAGCGCUCCCGCAGGAACUGCAAACUCGCCUUGUGAGAUGGGGCAGCACAGGGCUCAGCCUCCAGGGAGGCCCCCCCUGUGGCCUGACUUAAGCAGUGCAGGCCUCCUGCUCCUUGUUUGCUGUGAAACCAGUGUGACCUCUCCCUGGCCGACCGGCGGCCUUCUUCCUCCCAGGCUGAGCGAGCCUGUGUGUCCCUUCAGGGCUGUAGAUUUGACUUCCUGCAGAUGGGCCAGACUCCGUUCCGGCCGCUCAGCCCUGGGACAGUCGGCUUUUCGCUUCUUUUCACUGAGGUGACGGUCCUCACAGCGGCAGCUUCCCACGCUCGGGAUUCCCCGCAGAGACCUAGCUGGGCCUCCCAUGGGCUGGCCCAUGAGACCCAACCUUGGCUUCGCCAGGCCUGGGUUUGGGGCACAUGAGAGACAGCGUCGGGACGGGUGAGUCUGCUCAGGUGGGCUGGCAUCCUCCCGGCUCCCUCCCCCCCGCACCGGGGACUUUGUCCAGCUGUCACUGGCCCCUGAGCCAGGACCACCGUCUCGUGUGCACCCAGCCCUCUAAGCUGCCUGGCGGGAAACUCUCCUCCUAUGGCCCCCCGCGUGUGUCCAGCUGUUUACAGCGUCUCUUCUGAAGCGGCCGUGGGCCCACUGAUCCCACAAGUCCACAGAGAUAGUGACGUGUCUGGGCGCCGACACAGGGCUGUGUGCAAGCACUUCCAAGGCGUCUGGAGGAAACGGGGGCCUCGGAUGCGUCCAGAACCCCCCUUCAGCCUGGCGACGGGACACAGGCCUCUCCCAAGGGACCGUGGGCUCCUGAGGGCCUUGGGCACGUGAGGCGGACGCCUGAGGUCACCAGAGAUGGAGAGCUGGUGGGGAUGAGGGCACACACAGAGCAGAGAAGCAGCGAAACGCAGCCCCCUUCCUGCUGUGUGAGGCCGUCGCAGUCCCUCCCCGCGCCUCCCCUCCCCCGGCCCCCAGGCGACCACCAGCCUGUCUGUCUCCAGGGGCUUGGGCAUUUCAUGUAAACGGAGUCAUCCAAUGUGCGGCCUGUUAUGCCUGGUUUCUCUCCCUUGGCGUAAUGCUUUCAAGGUCCGUGGGUAUUCAGCAUGCACGGGCACUGCGUUUUCUUCGAUGGUCAAAUAAUAUUCCAGCGUCAUAUUCCCUUGACGAGUUUCCAUCCCCCAGGUUCUGCGGCAUCGGAAGUUCUGAGUUCUGUCCAGCAGAGGGGGCUGUCGAGUCUCAGCGGCUCAUUGCAGCAAAGGGACCAGGUAGCCUUUGGGGAGGGGCUUGCGCGAACCUGGUCUUGGGUUCAAGAACCCCUAGGGCUGCUGCUGAGGGUACAUGAGGGUGUGCGUGUGUGUUUGUGUGUGUGUGUGUGUGAGAAAGCUUUUGAGCUUUUGAAAUGAAUUAUAGAGCUUUGUCCCAGAAAAUGAUGGAAGUGGAAACGGGGGAAAUAUCACCGACAAUCCCACUUUCCUGUCCCAUUUUAGUUUUGGGAUGGAAAAAAAAAAAUGUCGGGAGCGAUGGAAAUGUUUGUUAACUGAUGGUGAUGAUGGUUUUCGUGAGUGAAACCCCAGAUCUGACCUCCUGCAGUCUACACCAGCCUGGCCCCUAACCUAGCUCUUUCUCAAACACACCCGGACCUCCAAACUCUCCCCAUCUUUGCCUGUCCGUCCCCAUCUCCAGGACCAGCUCAGACGUCGCCCCCGCCAGCCAGCCUUCCCCAGACCUCUGUGUCCUCUGGGAUGCCCACUCACAGAGCUCCUGUGCCUCUGACCCGGCCUGGCUCUGCCCGCCUCACCCCUUCCUCCCUCCCCUGUGCUCACCACUGCCUCUUCCCCCCGGGGCAGGACUGACUGAACACCUAUUUUGUCGUAAGAACUGAGUGUUCACUGGGGAACAAGACAGACAGAUCUCUGUCCUCGGAAGUUUAGAUCUAGCUGGGAACACACACUGAGAGGGGAUCGCAGACUGUUAAUGGAUAUGGAUCCCACGUUCCUCCUCUGCCCUCCCUUUCUCUGGAGGGAGGGAUGAUAAGAAAGCUCAUGGGGAAGGAGCAGAGA